UACGCCCGGGUGCUGGCGCUGCACCCGGAGGCGCCCGGCCUCUACAACUACCUGCCCUGGCAGUACGAGGCCGGCCAGGGCGGCCUCCUCUACUCGGCCGAGGUCGAGAUGCUGUGCGACCAGGCGUGGGGCAGCAUGCUGGAGGUGCCCGCCGGCUCCAGGCUCAACCUCACCGGCCUGGGCUACUUCUCGUGCCACUCCCACACCGUGGUCCAGGACUACUCCUAUUUCUUCUUCCUCAGGAUGGAUGAAAAUUAUAACCUCUUGCCUCAUGGAGUCAAUUUCCAAGAUGCCAUAUUUCCAGACACUCAAGAGAACAGAAGGAUGUUUUCCAGCCUUUUCCAGUUUUCGAACUGUUCCCAAGGGCAGCAGCUGGUGACUUUCUCCAGUGACUGGGAGAUCCAGGAAGACAAUAGGCUCAUGUGCUCCUCGGUGCAGAAGGCCCUGUUCGAGGAGGAGGACCACGUGAAGAAGCUGCAGCAGAAAGUGGCCACCCUGGAGAAGCGCAACAAGCAGCUCCGGGAGCGGGUGAAGAAGGUCAAGAGGUCCCUGCGGCAGGCGCGGAAGAACGUCACUGCUUCUAACAUCUCUGAAUUCGAGGUGAACUGCCCCAAUAACUGGGAACUUCUCCUGUGA